ACAACUAUCUACAACACCUACACUUGCAUCAACUAAUGCCACGAAAAAACAACUAUCUACAACACCUACACCUGCAUCAACUGAUGCCAUGAAAAAACAACCAUCUUCAUCACCUAUACCUGCAUCAUCUGAUGCCACGAAAAAAUUAACUAUCUACAUCACCUACACCCGCUUCAACUGA